AUGAUUGCCCCAAAAGACGAACCCAGUAGUCCCACGACCCCGCCGGGCUUGAGCGCUCCCAGUGCUAUGACUCUGAACAUUCCACCUCGAGUACGCCUGCCGUCUCGAUCGCGAACAGGUUGUUGGACGUGCCGUAGCCGCAAAGUAAAAUGUGAUGAAUGUCGUCCUAGCUGUGGCCAAUGUGCUCGUCUAGGUCAUCGCUGCGACUACAGUCCCCGGUUGACUUUCCGCGACGACACUGCUCGUGUAUUGGAACGUAUGACCGAGGUCUCCACCACCGGCAAUGCAGUAUGGGAUUCCAAAGCACGCUCUCAUUCUCCGCCUGUCACUCCCGGUGUACACGACCCGCUGCCUCCUUUCUUCAUGUUGACUUCAGAUGACGAACGUGAAAAGAAAGCAGAAGCUAGCUUUCCGGGCACAUAUCAUGUCAUCGUAAAUCCGGAGAGCUUUUCAAGUCUGCCAGAGUACACCGAUGAUUCAUCAUCCGUCGAUCUCAACAUUGGACAUCUCAAGAUCCGCCGGGGGUCCGGAACCAGCUCAACGCUGAGCCAAAAAGACGACCUACACAGCAUCAGCGAAGUCAGUGACCCCAACACUGUAAUUCUCGACACUUUCGAAGAGAGUACUCACCGCUCGCCCGUUUCCAACUGGAGGAGGGCAAGGCUCUCUCCGGCAUCGGAUAUCACUUCGGCCUCUACUCUGGCCUCCCCUACCUUCUUCCCUCCCGAACAACAUGGUCCCUUGACAUUAGACCCGGCUACUGCUCGAUACAGCAGCCAGGAAGAGCUACUACUCGCUCACUUCCGCGACGUGGUCUGGAAACAACUUAUACAGGGCCAAUCCAGUCACGAUCUUUUCUCCCCCAUCUCUAGUCCUAUAACGCCAGGUGUAGAGAUCUUUGAAGAUCUCGCAUCUACUUUUCAACCUUUAUAUCAUGCUAUAAUGGCCGUGUCUGCUCUCAGUCUAGCUCGUCAGCAUCGCAGCAAAAGUAUUGAUGCUUUACAACACUAUCACCAAGCAUUCCCGUCCCUUCAGAUCGCCCUCCGUGAUACAAAUGAUCUUUGUUCCGACGGCCUCUUCCUCACCCACUUCCUUCUUUUGAUUUAUGAGGUCGCUGCUGCCGAAGAGGCCGGAUCAAAUUUAUGGUCACAUCACAUGGCCCGGUUGACUCAGAUAUCUCUCAUGAGGAUAUCGCAGUUUGGUAGCGAGCACUAUCCUUACAUCGUCUGGUUGGUGUGCAACAUCGACCUCUACGCUUUACUCAGCGGUGCGGGCACUGGCGAGUUUCUUAAAACCAUGCUUGACAACAACCUAGUUCCUGGUUCAGGAAGCCAGUUGUACCCUGUAGCUCCCAGUGGGCACAGCGUGAUAUAUCCAGAGGAACAUGACACUUUGCCUUCUGUACUUCACUUCAACCGAGAGACAUUCCUCCUUGCAAGUAGACUCGCUUUUCUUGCUGCCGACCUUCGCCGAAGCGACGAAUCUACCGGUUCCCCACGAUCUCCGAACCAGGCUUUCGACCCUAAGGGCCGCCUUUACGAGAUCAGGGACAGCUUUCAUCGACUGUGGGACUGUCCACAGGCACAUUACCUCUGUGAGAACAUGAAAGUGCUACCUCAGCGGUCCCGUGAGGUCCUGCAAAAUGCUUUGUCGCUUUACCAUUCUUGCAUGCUCUUUUCCUACACCGGCUUAUGGAAUGGACAAAUACUGGGACCAGAAGGGGCCUCUAACGAGAUUAUUGCUCACCACACGAACAAUAUUUUCCACAUUGCAGAGACAAUCGUUCACUCGAGCCAGUUUGAUCUUCGCUUUAUCAUAUUUCCCCUUUUCAUUGCCGGUGUCUCAUCCUCGUCGGCGGUUCAGAAGAUGAUGGCAAUGGAUCUGAUAUGCAGUAUGGAAAAGCAAGGCAUCGGACGCAAUGCGACUACUACACGACACUUGCUUCAGAUGGUCUAUCAGGCACAGACCGAGCAGCUUAUGACUGUUGGUCACUCGGCUAAUGUGGGCUGGUCAGAUGUUAUGGUCCAGCAGGAGAUACAAAUCGUCAACUUUGGAUUGUAG